CAAGUUGUCAAACAGAGUUGCGUCAUCGCUGUCAUGUAGAUUUGCAAUGAUUUGUUGCAGUCGGAUAGCUAUGUUUUUCAAUUAGUGAAAAAUCUAAAUUUACUACCAAGAUGUCUUCGUCAGCAAUUUAUAUAUUGGACGUGAAAGGGAAAGUUCUCAUUUCGAGGAACUACCGGGGCGAUGUGGACAUGGGUGUGAUAGAUAAGUUUAUGCCCCUUCUGAUGGAAAAGGAGGAAGAGAGCAUGUUGACGCCAUUGCUGCAGACUAGUGACUGCACCUUUGCAUAUAUUAAAACGAAUAACUUGUAUAUUGUAUCAACAACAAAGAAGAAUGCAAACAUAGCUCUGGUAUUUGUAUUUCUAUACAAGAUAGUUGAGGUAAUGACUGAGUAUUUUAAAGAGCUUGAAGAAGAGAGUAUCCGGGAUAAUUUCGUUGUUAUUUACGAGUUGCUCGAUGAAUUAUUAGAUUUUGGCUAUCCUCAAACUACUGAUAGCAAAAUCCUUCAGGAAUAUAUAACACAGGAGGGUCAUAAGUUAGAAAUGCAGCCUCGCAUCCCUAUAGCAGUCACCAAUGCUGUUUCCUGGAGGUCUGAAGGUAUUAAGUACAGGAAAAAUGAAGUAUUUUUAGAUGUUAUUGAAUCUGUUAAUUUACUGGCUAAUUCGAAUGGUAAUGUUCUAAGAAGUGAAAUAGUUGGUGCUAUUAAAAUGAGGGUUUAUUUAUCUGGCAUGCCAGAACUAAGACUCGGCCUGAAUGAUAAAGUACUCUUUGAGAGCACUGGCAGGGGGAAAUCAAAGUCUGUUGAGUUGGAAGAUGUUAAAUUUCAUCAGUGCGUUAGAUUGUCACGUUUUGAAAAUGAUAGAACCAUUUCAUUCAUUCCACCAGAUGGUGAGUUUGAAUUGAUGUCAUAUAGAUUAAAUACACAUGUAAAGCCGUUAAUUUGGAUUGAAUCUGUUAUUGAACGUCAUGCGCACUCCAGAGUGGAGUAUAUGAUAAAGGCUAAGUCCCAGUUCAAGAGGCGCUCCACGGCUAACAAUGUUGAAAUAAUAAUCCCGGUGCCGGCUGAUGCUGAUUCUCCAAAAUUUAAAACUACAAUUGGAAGUGUUAAAUAUACUCCAGAGCAGAAUGCUAUAACUUGGUCUAUUAAAUCAUUUCCUGGAGGUAAGGAGUACUUAAUGAGAGCUCACUUUGGUUUGCCAUCAGUUGAAUGUGAAGACACCGAUGGUAAACCACCUAUCCAAGUUAAAUUUGAAAUACCUUACUUCACAACAUCUGGUAUCCAAGUCCGUUAUCUGAAAAUCAUUGAAAAGAGUGGUUAUCAAGCUUUGCCAUGGGUUCGAUACAUCACUCAGAAUGGAGAUUAUCAAUUAAGAACUAACUAAGAAAACUAAGUCCGUUUUUGUUACAUUCCUCUAUAUAUAAGUUGCACCUAGUAUGUAAUCAUAAUCAAUAUUGUAUUUGCAAUUUUAACUAAAUUGUAUUUUAGAAGUAUUAUUGUGUAAGAAUUAUUUGACCCUAUAAUAAAAUGUUAACAAAGUUA